AUGCUAACACGCGAGCAGUUAUAUCCCGCUUACAACGCCUUUGUUGUUGGUGCGCUCAAAAAUGGCUUGAAACUAAAGUAUAGCAAUUUCUUGCGUAAUGUUUACCAUUAUCAGUCGGCAAGUGGCGCUCGAGAUCAUCUCUUGCAGCAAAAUGUUUUGCUGAAUCUCUUUCCUUCGCUGUUAGCAGCACUUGUCCACCAGUCUGUUUAUCAUAGGAAGUUUCUGGAAUGGCUUCAUGGCUAA